AUGGUUGGCGCACGCCUCCUCCGUCCCGCAGCUCAGCUCCUCCGCUCCUCCACCCCCUCCGCCGCCCUCCCUAGAUCUACCCUUCAGUCACACUUCGCCGCGCCGGCGGCCACAGCGUCAAGAUGGCGGCGGAGCUACGCAACUCCGGCGGGGAGCAAGGAGAUGACGGUGCGAGAUGCGCUGAACGAGGCUAUGGCGGAGGAGAUGGAGAAGAACCCCAAGGUCUUCGUGUUGGGUGAGGAGGUUGCUCAGUACAAUGGCGCUUACAAAGUAACAAAAGGGCUCCUGGAUCGCUUCGGCGACAAGCGCGUCAUCGACAGCCCCAUCACCGAGUCCGGCUUCUGCGGUCUCACCGUCGGCGCAGCACUAGCCGGCCUCCACCCCAUCUGCGAGUUCAUGACCUUCAACUUCGCCAUGCAGGCCAUUGACCAGAUCAUCAACUCCGCCGCCAAAACGCACUACAUGUCCGGCGGUAUCCAGCCCUGCAACAUCACCUUCCGUGGUCCCAACGGCUUUGCUGCCGGUGUCGCUGCACAGCACUCACAGGAUUACUCGGCGUGGUACGGCUCGAUACCGGGCUUGAAGGUCGUUGCGCCGUAUUCGUCUGAGGAUGCCAAGGGGCUGCUUAAGGCUGCUAUUCGGGAUCCCAACCCGGUUGUGGUGCUCGAGAACGAGUUGUUGUACGGUCUUUCUUUCCCCAUGAGCCAAGAGGCGCAGUCGGACGACUUUGUCCUACCGUUCGGCAAAGCCAAGAUCGAACGCCAAGGCAAGGACCUAACCAUCGUCACCCUCUCCCGCUGCGUUGGCCAAUGUCUCGUCGCCGCCGACCAACUCAAGCAAAAGUACGGCGUCGAAGCCGAAGUCAUCAACCUCCGCUCCAUCAAACCUCUCGAUGUCGAAGCCAUCGUCAAGUCCGUCAAGAAGACCGGCCACAUGAUGGCUGUAGAGUCUGGCUUCCCUUCUUUCGGUGUCGGUGCGGAAUUGCUGGCCUUGACUGCGGAGUACGCAUUCGACUAUCUCGAGGCGCCACCGGUCCGCGUGACCGGCGCGGAGGUCCCGACGCCGUAUGCGCAAAAGUUGGAGGAGAUGAGCUUCCCAACCGAGGGGUUGAUUGCGAAUUAUGCCGCCAAGUUGUUGAGGGUGUAA